AUGGAUUUCUUAGGAAUAGCUCGUGGAUCCAUACGAUCUGAAGCUCUUCAGAAAUUGGCUCAGUUGACAGUAGAACAUGACCCACAGUAUCUUAAGGAAAUUAGUACAGGUAUUCAAAAAGAUGAUUUUGCUAAAUUAAUAUCUUCAACUCCAAAGGAAUACAAUCCGAAAUCAGUUAUGAAAUUAUCAAAAGUUCCCAUUACACUUAAGGAAUAUGAAGUUUUGAUUGCCCUUUGUGAUGCAACAAGCUGUGAUGAUUUUAAAUCUGAUGAUCAAGUUAAGGUAUUGAUUGAUAAAUUUAAAGCUUACUUACUUGAAUUACCAAAUCAGAAGUUUUCAUAUAAUAUUGUUAGAAAUGCUGUUUCGGUUUCACCUUGGACGUUGUUAGGUGAGAAAUUGACAGCUGGGUUGAUUCAUCUUGCUUACCAAAAUAAAAGAAAAUACAUUGGUGAUGUGAUUGAAAUAUUCCAUAAAUUUAUUGAAACUUUCUUUUACGACUUUGAUCAUCAAUUACCUAACUACUUAACUUUGUUGGGUAUUUUGGAAGGAUUAUCCAAGAAUGCAAAAUUCUUGAGUUAUAAUGCCAGUGCAUUCAAAAUUUUCCAUAGUUUAGAUUCAUGUAUUGAUAAUUUUGAGUUUUUACACGUUGUUGAAGAUUACACGUUUAACCUUUAUGAAAACAAACCAGCUGUCUAUUCUGCUAUGCUUGAUCGUGAAUAUGCAGUUAAUCUCGCACCUAUUCUGUACCUUGAAAGUUUGAGUAGAUUGAUGUGUGCUAUUAUUAGAGGGAUAAUUGGUACCAGUGAUGCAUCUUUAUUGCAAUACAUCUUGGAAAAAGUGGCUUCCAGAUACGAUGAAGACCUGCAAGUUGGUAGUGGAACUAUUACAGAAAAUAAAGGAAUUUUCAAUAUUCAGGGAUUAGAUUUCUCAAAAUACCAUAUGGAAUUGAUCAAGACCUUAACCGACUUAGCUUUGCAAAAAUUAGAGUUUUUAGAUCGUGGUGAAACAUGUAUUGUCUAUUCAAGUUUCAAUCGUCUUAAAUUAGGCUACUUGGCCAAAAGUCACAGUUUGCAAGUUUUGAGUUGUGGAAUGUUUACUGAUAACUGGGAUCUUAGAACUUCUAGACGUUUGUUCAAGACUUGUAUUGGAAUAAAGGAGGUUAUGUUAGAUCCUGAUUUAGGUUUGACUGUUUUCCAAUUUGGUUCAUUAUUAGUCUUUAAAGAUGUAUCAGUUGGUCCUCAAUUAACUAGUGCAUUCUCUUCUGUUGUUGCCAAUCCAAAAUUAAAUUCAAAGUAUUGUUUAGAAGUUUCCAAGAGUGUCGGUUUAAGUAGUAAGGUAUUACCACAAGAUUCAGUGGUCACUACUAUCUAUUCAUUAACUAAUCUUUUGUUUGUAGGCUAUGAUGGUUAUCAACUUCAAACCAAGAAGCCAAGAUCUAAAGGAAAUGAUAUGUAUUCCUUAAAUUCUAAAAAUCCUUCAAUGUCAACCUUCCUGAUUAAAGGAGGUGCCGGUGAAUUCGAUGAAACUGACUAUCAAAAAGUGUGUGAAAAUGCAGUUACUGCAAUCAUUGAAGUUUCCCAAGCUUGUAAUGACGAAACUGUUCCCGCCUUAGCAGUUACCAUUUUAGCUCAAAAGGUUUCAAGAAUUAACUCAUCUAUAGGUCCAUUGAUUCUUCGUGGUUUAUCAUCCUGUGCUCCAUUUUUGCCUCGUCGUGAGUUUAUCAAUUUGGUUAGAUUGUUAACUAGAUUAGCUGCAGAAUCUUUAGAACAAAAGAAUGUUAUUUUAUUGGCUGCCUUACAAGAAGGAUUGGUUUCGCUCGCUAAGAAGCUUAAAGGAAACCGUAGAUUAUUCCCGGAUUAUUUAAAGGAAUUGUUACAAGUUAUCAUUAGUAAAGGAGAUGUUCAAAAGUUAGAACAACAUCGUUCACAUACUGAAAUCAAUGAAAUUGGAGAUCAAAUUGCCAUCUUUUUGAAGCCAUUGGCAGCUUUAUUACCUGAUGUUCAUUUAGGAGAGGCACCAUUAAAACUCACCAGCACGGAAAUUGUCAAUCUUUUCAGAAAUAUAUGGUUCAAUAUGGUUGUUCAUGGAUAUAAUAUUAACUCCCAAAAUGCUCAAACUUACAAGGCAGAAUUAGAAAGAAUUGCAUAUAAUACUCCACCUUUGGCAUCUGAAUUAUCUUGGGAUAGAACUGAAACUUCAUUUGAAUUAAAUACUGUUUUACGUAGAGGAUCAUCAAAUCACAAUGUUAAAGAUCAUCGUCAUUAUCUUGGAGAUAUUUUUGAAGUUCAUCGUAACAUGUCAUAUCCUAAACUUAUGUUUUUAUCUGCAACAGCAUUUGUUGAAUCGUUGAGAGUUCGUAGCGGAGAAUGUUCAACAAUUUUGAAAUAUUAUUCUGAUCCUUCUGUCAAGACCGGUGGUGCGGAUAAAUACAUUGGUUAUAUUGCAUUUAAAAUUGUGAAAGAUUAUAUUCAAUUAAUUAAUACUGGUGCAAAUAAACAAUUUAGUUCUGAUCAUAUUGCUGAGCAAUUAACCAAUAUGUUAAUCUUAUGUUGUAAUCCUUUGGAGAACAUGCAAGAUCUGGCUUUACAAUGUUGUGAUUUAUUAAUUAAUAAAGUUUCCAGUUCCUUAUGCCAUAAACGAAGCUUGUUUGCCUUAUUUGAUUUGCUUACUUUAUUGUUUGAUUCGUUAGUGGAUGCAGAUACUAAUCAAUAUGAACCAACUACCGAAUUUGUGGCGCGUUGCACUGGAAUCAAAUUAUUAGUUUCUGAUGAUUACAAAUGGAGAAGUGCAACUUUGAAUCGUUUCCAUGACAAGGCAAAAUAUUGGAUGAAGUUAUUAUUGUAUAAAUGUAAUAUCGAUGUCAAAUCCUUAGUUCAAUCUUACGUUAGUCAGAAUCAAGGUAUUACAUCCCAGUUUGAGUCACCAGUUAAGUUUGGUACUUCAUUUGCCUUAGAAAUGGCUGGUGGUAUUUCAACUAAUGAUCGUGAAUUAUCGGCCAUUUCCUUAUAUGACCCACAUCAAUUGAACACCUUACCAAAUAUUGUUUCCCAAUUAUCCUGGAGAAAUUACUUUGUUGCAGAUUUAGUUGAUAAAAUCCCAUUACGUACCACUGAAGAAACUGAUGUUGCACUUAUGGCCAUUCGUGAUAAGAUUUACCACACUAAGGAAAAUUUGGAAUCAAAAUCAAACGAUGAAAUCAUUGCAUUAAUUAUCGAAAUUGCUGGGUUAACAUUAUGUAGUAAAGUGAAUUGUGGAGAACUUAUUAGAUAUCUUGUUGAAUGCCCCUUCAACAAAUUUGAUCCUCAAAUCAUGAACGUUGCAAGUGCAGUUUGGCUCGCCAUAAUGAAAGAUCGUACUGAAUUAUCUGUAUUACUUUUGAGUGAAUUAGCUAAGAAAUGGACAGAAUCAAUCGAAUUUUCACUUGGAUUAUUUUCGCAAUCACUUGAUUUGAAUCAAGCCGAAUUUGAAAAGAUGGAAUAUGCAGCUACUGAUUCGGACCAAGUGAACCGGAUGGCAAAUAUAGUCGAUGCUACUUUUGGACCUCAUUUACAAAUUAUUAAAUUGUUUAGUUCUAGUUUUGAAGCUACUUUGAAUCAAAGUGAUCAUUUAUUGAAGAUGUUUACUCAAUUUGUUGAGAUUGGUUUGAAGAAUUUGAAAUAUGCAAGUUAUCAUCCAAUGUCUCGCGUUGCUCGAUUUGAAUUGAUUAGAUUUGCUUUCGAGGUUUUGAAUUAUCAUUUUAGAUUAGGUAGUAGAAGUACUGGAUAUUUGACUGAAUUAGUUUUAGAUGCUUCGUUAACUUGGUUUAGACAAAGGGCUACUUUUCCAUUUGGACGUAAUGUACUUAAAUUCAAAAAUGAAUUAUCCUUAUUAAGAGAUGUGGCAAGAUUAACUUCCCAUUUGAAUGUUAAAGCUGAUCUUGAAAUGAAAAAGAAAGUAUUAUUAUUCUUCCUUGAUGACGAAAUCUACAAGUUUAAUGUUUGGUUGAAUUGUUUAGACCCUCAAGAAACUAAAGGUAUAUUCGCCACAGAACCAAUCAGCACAAUCCAUAUCACAAAGGCAUAUGAAUAUGAUCCUAUGCUUGCUAUCAACUUAUCACUUCGUUAUAAGAUUAGGAAUUUGGAUGAGACCUUACAAAAACUCAUUGCCAAGAAUCCAUUACCUUGUCUUCCAUACCCUGAUGCAAUUCAAUAUCUUAUUGGUAUAAAUGCAGGUACGAAUAUGCCAUCACAUCAUUUAUUAUUCUGGGAAUGUCUUUCACCAAUCGAUUCAAUUACAUUAUUCUUGCCUCCAUUUGGUGGAAACCCAUUUAUUUUACAAUACACAAUGAGGUCAAUUGAGAGUCAUGAUGUCAAUAAGACAUUCUUCUAUGUUCCACAAAUUGUCCAAUCCUUGAGAUUUGAUGUGAAGGGAUAUGUUGAAAGAUUUAUUUUAGAAACCGCUAAAGUCAGUCAAUUAUUUGCCCAUCAAAUUAUAUGGAACAUGUUAGCCAACAGUUACAAAGAUGAUAACGGGACCAUUCCAGAUGAUUUAAAGCCUAGAUUAGAUGAUAUGCAAGCUAAAAUGAUGGCUGAGUUUACUGACAGUGAUUUAGCAUUCUAUCGCAAGGAAUUCAAAUUCUUUAAUGAAGUAACCAGUAUCUCUGGUAAAUUGAAACCAUAUAUUAAGAAAUCCAAAGCAGAAAAGAAGGAGAAGAUUGAUGAAGAAAUGGCAUUGAUCAAGGUUGAACCUGGAGUAUAUUUACCUUCAAACCCAGAUGGAGUUGUGAUUGAUAUCAAUAGGAAAUCGGGUAAACCAUUACAAUCACAUGCAAAAGCUCCUUUUAUGGCUACAUUCAGAAUCAAAAAAGAGAUUGUCAAUAAGUUUGGUGAGGCAAGUGUUAUUGAAAAAUGGCAAAGUGCAAUUUUCAAAGUUGGUGAUGAUUGUAGACAAGAUGUCUUGGCAUUACAAUUGAUUUCUAUAUUUGGAUCAAUUUGGAGUACGGCUGGAUUGGAUUUAUAUGUUUUUCCAUAUCGAGUCACUGCUACAGCUCCAGGAUGUGGUGUGAUUGAUGUGUUACCUAAUGCUACCUCUCGUGAUAUGUUGGGUCGUGAAGCUGUGAAUGGAUUAUAUGAAUAUUUCAUUAGUAAAUUUGGAGGUGAAAAUUCGAUUGAAUUUCAGAGAGCUAGAAACAAUUUAGUUAAAUCAUUGGCAGCAUAUCUGAUUAUUUCAUAUUUAUUACAAUUUAAGGAUCGUCAUAAUGGGAAUAUUAUGUAUGAUGAACAAGGACAUUGUUUACAUAUUGAUUUUGGAUUCUGUUUUGAUAUUGUACCUGGUGGAGUUAAAUUUGAAGUUGCACCAUUCAAAUUAACUAAAGAAAUGGUGAUGGUAUUGGGAGGAAGUGAUGAAACUCAAGCGUUUAAAUGGUUUGAAGAAUUAUGUAUUAAAGGUUAUUUGGCAUGUCGUCCACAUAUGGAAACUAUUGUUAGGACAGUUACUCCAAUGUUGGAAAGUGGUUUACCUUGUUUUAAGGAUACAACUAUUAAGAAUCUUAGACUGAGAUUUGUUCCUGGUAAAUCAGAACGUCAAGCUCUGGUUCAUUUUAGAAAAUUGAUCAGGAAAGCUAUGGAAAGUUUCUAUACUACUGGAUAUGAUGAAUUCCAAAGAAUUACUAAUGGAAUUCCAUACUAG